AAUAUUAUUUUGUUAUUCGUAGUUGUGUCGUCUUUGUACUUGGUAUGUGCCUGUGAAUUACCGGAUAUAAACUAUUUAGUAUUUAGUUUCGUGUGCAGCUUGGGAAUCUGACGCCCGACAUGCGUUUAAUAUUCGUGUUGUCAGUUUUCGCCCCUUUUAUUUUCAUAACAGGGGGUAGUUUUGCAAAAACUUUAUAUGGUAAAAGGGAUCCCCUACCUAGCAAUAUUUAUACAUUUUAUCGUGAUGAUGUUCACGACGACGCUAGUCAUCGAGCUAGAAGAGAUACCAAUGCUGAUGUACCUAACCCCAUGGCAGAUGUGGUAGGGACCAAGAUAAACCAUCUGAACGAUACCCACAAGCAGUUAAUGGUACACUGGGUGGGAGAAAACAGCAAAGUGGUGAUAUGCCUGGCCAGGGAUCCCUCUUACGGACUAUUCGAUUCCGAACUGGCAAACCCUUCGGCCGUUUACAUCUCUUACGACGACGGCGACACCUACCAGAACAAAACCGACCAAUUUCGUUUGAAAAAUGGAAGCUAUUCGGUGUUGGAGAAGUUUUAUAACCAUCCGAGAUACAAUACACACUUUGUCUUCACUGACGUCAAGCACAAUCUGUUAUACGUAACCACCAACCACGGGAAGGACUUUAAGAGGGUCGAGCUAAAAUUCACACCCAGCGAACUGUCCUUCCUUGAGGUAACCUCCGAGGUUUUUGUUGUGUUGGAUAAAAACGAUACUAAAAAUAGAUUAUGGAUAACGGAAGACUUCGGGGACAGUUUCCGGGAAGCCCACGAGUUCGUCAAGGCGUUCUUCUGGGUGAGCGACGGCGAUUACCAUCACCUUGUGGUCCAGAGAUACGAACCCAGCGGGUUAGGAAGCGUUAUCUAUUCCCACGACCUGUUGAGGAACCGAGUGAGCCACGUGUACGCCACCAAUAUCAAGGAUUUCUUUUUGAGAGGGGAUUAUUUGUUUACCACCAGAAAUAACACUAGGGGCCAACUAGAGUUGUAUGUCUCUUACAAGCUCGGCAAGCAGCUACUUUGCUAUUUUGACUCACCACGCGAUAUCUUAAACUUCUACAUCGCGGACGUAACAAAUAAUAGGGCUUUAAUAGUAGCGAGUCACACGCAAACCGGCUCUAACCUGUACGUAUCUGACAACCUAGGAGGGAAGGAUGGGCAUGUUUAUUUCGUGCUUUCUAUCAAAAACGUAUUCGCUUUCUUUCCGAAUCCCGCUUGGCAGAGCACAUUAUUAUACCACAUUUCAGAAGAGGCAUUCGCGGACGUCUAUAAAGUAGAAGGCCUCUCAGGUAUUUAUAUAGCAUCGAAAGUGGUGUCCCCUAGCAGUAAAGUUCUGCAGCAAGGUCCUCAGCAUCUCAGUUCGGUGAUUACGUUCGAUCACGGGGCUUCUUGGCGCCCCAUUCAGCCUCCAGAGACUGACGUUGAGGGUCAGGAUACCGGCUGUUUAGUCUCCAAAGGAUGUUCGUUGCACUUGAGUCAAAAGUUCAGUCAGUUGUACCCUGAAAGCAGAUCGGUGCCUAUUUUAUCCAGUAAAUCCGCUCCGGGAAUUAUUGUUGCUACUGGUGUGCUAGGGAGUAACCUUAAAGGCCAUUAUGGGGUUUAUAUAAGUGUGGAUGCUGGGUUGACUUGGAGGCAAACUUUGAGGGAGCUAUACUUUUUCAAUAUGGGGGAUCACGGAGGGAUUCUUUCGGCUGUGAAGUACUAUAAGACCAAAGGUGAAACUAGACAUAUUCUGUAUUCGAUCGAUGAAGGUUUGACUUGGAACCAGACCCAAUUUCAUAACGAGGAAAUUAGACUUUAUGGACUGAUGACCGAACCUGGAGAAAAUACCACUGUGUUUACUAUGUUCGGGUCGCUGCCGAAGGAACAUCGAUGGAUCAUCGUCAAAGUGGAUUUAGCCAAAGUGUUCCCCAAGCAGUGCAAAGAGGAAGACUACAAGAUGUGGUCUCCGAGUCAGACCGAAGAGAAUCGCAGUUACAUCCCCUGUAUCUUAGGGGAACAGACGGUUUACCAAAGACGAAUGCCAAAAGCCAAAUGUUUGAACGGUUUAGAUUAUGUCCGACUAGUUUCCAAGAAGCCGUGCGACUGUGACGCCAUGGAUUUCGAAUGUGACUUUGGAUUUAAAAACGCCGGCGAUAGGAUUCCUAGGUGCAUCCGGGACGAGGAUAUGAAGGAAUACGACCCUUAUAAAGUACCUGGAACUUGUUCACCACAUAAUUUCUACUUGAGAACAAAGGGUUACCGUAAAAUAGCAGAAGAUCAAUGCGUCGGCGGUUUUGAGCAGCACUACCUCCCCGACAUUGUGCCUUGUCCUUUUAAAGAAGUGGACGAUUUCCUCCUGUUCGCCCAAAGAGAGAACAUUUCCAGGUACAAUCUAAUCACCGGAGUCCUGGAAACUUUACCCAUCAAAAACCUGAAAAACGUUAUCGCAAUCGACUUCGACAUGGAAAAUAAUUGCGUUUACUGGGCGGAUAUUAACUUGGACACGAUAAACAGGCAGUGCUUCACCAACGGCAGCAAAUUGGAAACGCUCGUUUCUAACGAUUUGGCAUCUAUCGAGGGAAUGGCUUACGAUUGGAUCUCGAAAACUCUCUAUUUUGUCGACGGAAUCCGUUCCAAGAUCGAACUGAUAAGGACGAACGUAAAACGUAACGGGAGGAUGAGAAGGACCAUUUUGGAUAAUAGAAUUUUGAAGAAACCCAGAGGUAUUGCCGUACAUCCUUCGGCUGGAUAUAUGUUUUGGACAGACUGGUCAGCUGAGAAUCCUUCUGUAAAUAGAGCGAAUUUAGAUGGUUCGAAUGUCAAAGCUUUGUUUGGUAAGGAUAAAGUGGAAUGGCCUAAUGGAAUAACCGUGGACUACAUUGCUAAUAGAAUCUACUGGGUAGACGCCCGUAAAGACUACAUAGGCAGCUCCGAUUUGCACGGAGACGGUUUCAUGAUAAUAGUUUAUGGUACCGACGUGGUUUCGCAUCCUUUCGCGGUCGCGGUAUUCAAAAGCAACAUGUACUGGGACGACUGGAAGAAGAACGCGAUUUACAGCAGCGACAAGGACGUUUACAAAGGUAUCAAUGUGGUGGUCAAAGAUUUGGGCGGCCUUAUGGAUUUGAAGGUGUACGCCCACGGGAUUCAAAUAGGCAAAAACGCUUGUUCGAACAAUACCUGCCCCUACAUCUGCGUGGGCCUGCCGAAAAACAAUCAUACGUGUCUCUGUCCGGACGGUAUGGUAACCGGAAGUAACGGAUCGUGCUUAUGUCCGGGUAAUAUCGUUCCUCAUACCAAUGGCACGUGUCCACCGGUCGGUAAUUCUUGCGGAACCAUUCAAUUCGCUUGCGGCAACGGCCUCUGUAUUCCUAACGGAUGGAGAUGCGACGGCGAAGACGAUUGCGGAGACAAUUCGGACGAGAUGAAGUGCGGCGUAACGACCUGUCCGCCCUCGUUCCACGUUUGCGGAGAUGGACGCUGUUUACCGGACUAUUGGAGAUGCGACUACGACCCAGACUGUGCGGACGGUUCCGACGAGCUUAACUGUCCUAAACAAAACUGUACCGAGGGGCAAUUCGAGUGCGAGAACGGCCGUUGUAUAUCCAACACAUGGAGGUGCGACGGAGAGAACGAUUGUCGCGACAAUUCGGACGAGAGAAAUUGUAACCCGGACAAACCGACGCAGUGUAAAGGAGAGGACGAGUUCCAGUGUAAGGGCGGCGCGGUCACUUGUAUACCGAGUACGUGGAAAUGCGACGGAGAAUCCGAUUGCAGGGACAGUUCUGAUGAAAACGACUGCGGCAACAACACCUGCAGCGAAUCUCAAUAUUCUUGCGGUCUGCCAUUGAAUCGUUGCAUAUUUAACGCGUGGGUAUGCGACGGCGAUAAGGAUUGUCCCGAUGGCAGGGAUGAAUUGAAUUGUACCGUUUUACAUCCGGAAAUAAAACCCCCUACUAAUGGUUUUCAACCUACUAAGAACCAAACGUGCCAAGAUUGGACCUUCGCCUGCCACAAUAACCGCUGCAUCCCGUUCUGGUGGCGAUGCGACGAAAUCGACGAUUGUGGUGACGGUAGCGACGAGUUGGAUUGCGGCAAUUCCGGUUCAAUUAGGCCGCCUAGUUUAUUUACCACCUCACGACCUUUAAACGUUGCCUGUGGUACUAAUGAAUUCCGUUGCGGGGAUGGGCGCUGCAUUAUGGCCGCAUGGGUGUGCGAUGGUACCAACGAUUGCCCGAUGGGCGAGGACGAAGACCAUUGCGACACACGUGGCGGUUGUCGAACCUCCGAGUUUAAAUGCGUUAAGGAUGGAAAUUGCAUUUCGAGAACAGCAGUUUGCGAUGGUACCCCGGACUGUCCCGAUCACUCGGACGAAGAUUCGUGCAGCAUCACUUACGUACCGACUAAACCCACUAAGAAGGCGUGCGCUUCCGGUUAUUUCAGCUGCGACGGCGGAAGCUGUCAUCCUUUAUCGCUUAUCUGCGACGGCAGACCCGACUGCAUUGACGGAUCUGACGAAACGAACUGUACCGGUCGAAAGAUCAUUUUUCAGGCACAAAUGGGCGUCGACACUCACGGCACCGACGAAAACCGAAUUCUCGUCUACUGGUUCGUUUAUCCGUUGACAAACGCGAAAAAUUCCGCGAACUUGGAAUAUUUACCCUCGAUCAGUUUAUUAAGAGACAACAAGUUCCAGAACCAGACUUGGACCAACGCUACCGACUAUCAGUUCCUUAAUUUGACCCCGUUUACGAAAUACAAUAUCACCGUAUACGUAAGAGACAAGAAAACCAGCGAGAUAUUUCCGCCCGCUUACUAUUUGAUUGCCAGCACGCUUGAGGGAAAACCAUCACCUCCAACUAACGUGAAAGCAAAACAACAAAAUCGGGCGAUUCUAGUGUCUUGGAACAGACCCUUAAAACCGAACGGAAUCAUCACGCAAUACCAAAUUAUUUACUCGUCUCCGGAUAUAUACAGGCCGAUAAAAUUAAGCGGCAUCAACGAAACCUCCCAUCUCUUAUCCUCAGAUUUCAAACAUAAUCAAACUUAUACAUUUAUGGUAACAGCUUUUAAUAGCAAAUACGAGAGCGAACCGUCCGCUCCCUCUGUAUUAACGUUCGACAGUGAGGCCAGUAUUAACGAGAUUCAAAAUUUAAUGGUGAAAGUAACUAAUACGACAGUGCGGCUACGAUGGACCUACAACGGCGUACCGGACGGAUUUGCGAUUAACGUCACGGCAAAAUCUUCUUCGUAUCCUCAGUUGCCGUCUUAUACCACGAAAAAUCAGAAUAUUACCAUAACUUUGGCGCCUGGAGUUGCUUAUUAUAUUAACAUCUACGCGUUCCGAAACGGCGUAGACGGCCCGUAUACCCGAGCGGAAGCGAUCACCCUAGGUUCUCCCUUACCAACGGUAAAUAUAACCCAAGUUAUAAACACCAAAGAUAGCGGAACUGUCAAACUGACUUGGGAGCGACCAGAGAAGAACGGAAAAACUAAUUGGGUCUACGGCGUGUACUACGGACGUGAUAUGAUUCGGGAAUCCUUUUUCCAACCCGCUAAAUACCAAACUACUAACUUAAGCGCGUCAAUAACGAACCUAGAGCCGUGCUCGAUGUACAUUUUCGCCGUCGGUUUAGUGGGUCCGUACGGUAUCGGUCCAUUGAAUCAUUAUUCCUUCGUUACUACUACAUCCAGCCCUAAAGCUCCGCCUACUAAAUUAACAGUGAAACCCGACCAGUCGGAUCCGUUUAAGAUGGUUAUUAGUUGGGAACCCAGCUGUUACUUGGGUGGAGAUAAGAUGUCUUAUGAAAUCUCGAUCAGCGAGCAAACAACUAAAAAGACCUGGGUAAUAAACGUGAGCAAAAAACUGGUCCACACUGUAGCAAUAGAACCGGGUGCAGUCUACAACGUAACAGUACGCACGCACGUAUCACAAGCCGAAAGUGCCGAACCGGUGGUUUAUGCCGCUCCAAAUUUGACCCCUCCGCUCGAGGUGAAAGUCAUACCGGAAGUGAACGGCAGUUUCUUCGUUUACUGGAGGGAACACGAGGCGAAACUCAACUUACCGCUUACCUAUGAAGUUUUAGUCAACGAGGGAACGACAAUGGACGAGUCGACCGCUCAGAAGUUUACCGUUGAGCAUCCUCCGUUUAUUUACACGAACGAUUCUGCUUCCACGUACACUUUCGCUGUCCGGGUUAAGACGAAGAGGGGCUUUGCAUCGAUGCUAUCUGGACCACUAAGCAAGAUCAGUCAGGCACAAGUGGUGGAGAGUUCCGUCAACAUUCCAGCCAUAAUAACCGUCAGCCUAUUGGUAUUGGUGGCCCUGUUUGCCGUGAUAACCUUCUUGGUGGUUCGCAAUAGGAGGUUACACAACAGUUUCGUGCGGUUCGCCAAUUCCCAUUACAACUCUAGAUCGGGAGCAGCCACGUUUGACGAUAACAGUCUGGAGGAGGAAGAGAGUCCGCGGAUCGUCGGUUUUUCUGACGACGAACCGUUGGUCGUCGCUUAGCAGUAGGAAGAAUUGAUCGGUCUAGUUUCCAGCGGCGUUUUAUGAGAUGCACAUAUUAGGUAAACCAUCCAACUGGUUGUUCACCAUGGACCAAAUCCUUGCUUGAUGCAUAUAUACAACGUUCUAACUAGCGCCGUAGGAAAAAACCGCAGGAGAAUAUUAAAGACUUGACGAGGUCGGGUGUUAACACUAUAAUAACCAAAACCUAAGAGUAUUGUCCAUAUUUUAAGCAAAUUUUAUAUGACUCAGAGUUGUUGUAGUUUUCGAUUUUUAUUAUAUCCUAUUCAGCAAUUAUUACUAUUAUAUACCACACAGGGUUUGCUCUUGCCAAAUUGAAAUAAACCAAAAAAUACAAGCAUUAAAUAUAAAGGGAAGUUAUUUAAUGACGCAGUCGUAGUAUUAUUAACUCGUUAUAUAAAUUUGGCUUCACCUUCCCACGUUAUUAAAUUUAUUAUUGAUUUAAAAAAAAAAUGCCGGCCAUAAGCAGGUUUCCUGGCGAUUUCUGGCAACUAUAGAGUGCUAAGGAAUGUAUUAACUCAUAUAUUUUUCACAGGAUUGUCCAUAUAUAACUCUUUACUAGACCACCCUGUAUAAUAUAUAUGAUUUGAUACAGAGCAUCGUUGUCAUAUUUACUAUUUUUAUUAUUAAUUAUUAUGUUUGUACAGAUAUAAUAGGUGAUUAUUUUUAAGUCAAAUUUCUGUGAUAUCUUUGGUUAAGUUUUAGAGUUUUUUGCAUAAUGGGAAUUUGACUGUGAAUUAAGUUUAACGUGUAUUACAUUACUGUACCUUGACUAAUAAAUAAUAUAAUUAUUAAAUAAUAUAUUUCAGUGGUG